GGGCCGGGCCAGGGGGCGCCUCGCGCGGCAGCGACUCGCUAGGGCAAUGCAGUGAGGCUGGACCGGCAGGCGGGCGUGCGCGGAGUGGGGGCCGCCGCCGCGCUGCAGAGAUGUGACUCCGGCCGAAGGCCAACAGGAGAUCGGCGCUGCGGGGCCGCGGGGGUCGAACGUUCCUGGCGCCAGAGAGAAAGAUGAGAACUCAUCAGGUCCUCGCCUUCCUCCUGCUCUUGGUGAUCGCCUCCGUGGCCUCUGAAAACGCCAGCACGUCGCGGGGCUGUGGGCUGGACCUCCUCCCUCAGUACGUGUCCCUGUGCGACCUGGACGCCAUCUGGGGCAUCGUGGUGGAGGCAGUGGCCGGGGCGGGCGCCCUGAUCACACUGCUCCUGAUGCUUAUCCUCCUGGUGCGGCUGCCCUUCAUCAAGGACAAGGAGAAGAGGAGGCCUGUGUGCCUGCACUUCCUCUUCCUCCUGGGGACCCUGGGCCUCUUUGGACUGACGUUCGCCUUCAUCAUCCGGAUGGACGAGACGAUCUGCUCCAUACGCCGCUUCCUCUGGGGGGUCCUCUUUGCGCUCUGCUUCUCCUGCCUGCUGAGCCAGACGUGGCGCAUCCGGAGGCUGGUGCGCCAGGGCACGAGCCCGGCGGGCUGGCAGCUGGUGGGCCUGGCGCUGUGCCUGAUGCUGGUCCAGGUGAUCAUCGCCACCGAGUGGCUGGUGCUGACGGUGCUGCGGGACACGAAGCCGGCCUGCGCCUACGAGCCCAUGGACUUCGUGAUGGCGCUCAUCUACGACAUGGUACUGCUGGUCAUCACCCUGGGCCAGGCCUUCUUCACGCUGUGCGGCAAGUUCCACAGGUGGAAGCUGAACGGGAUCUUCGUCCUGAUCACGGCCUUCCUGUCCGUGGUCAUCUGGGCGGCCUGGAUGACCAUGUACCUCUUUGGCGACGCCGUCAUCCAGCACGCGGACAGCUGGAGCGACCCCACCUUGGCCAUCGCGCUGGCGGCCAGCGGCUGGGUCUUCGUCAUCUUCCACGCCAUCCCUGAGAUCCACUGCACCCUUCUCCCGCCCCUGCAGGAAAACCCACCCAACUACUUUGACACAUCCCAGCCCAGAAUGCGGGAGACGGCGUUUGAGGAGGACGUGCCCCUGCCUCGGACCUACAUGGAGAACAAGGCCUUCUCCAUGGACGAGCACAACGCAGCUCUCCGAGCAGGAUUUUCCAAUGGCAGCUUGGGAAAAAGGUCCAGUGGCAGCCUGGGGAAGAAGCCCAGCGGCAGCCUGGGGAACAGACCCAGCGCGCCCUUCAGAAGCAACGUGUACCAGCCGACUGAGAUGGCGGUGGUGCUCAACGGCGGCACCAUCCCAACCGCUCCGCCAUCUCACACUGGAAGACACCUCUGGUGAACGACUUUUAAGUUCCAGAGAAUAAGAAUCUCUCUUAUCACUUUCAUUCCCUGGCCGUGUCUUUCUUGAGGGAGAAAUCAGUAACAGUAGCCGAACAAGGCCGCCUCACAGCCAGGAGAUUUGGAAAUCCCGGCAAGGGGUUCCGUGUACAUGUGAACACUGAUGACCUGAAAGCUAACGCUGACUGCCCUCCCGCCCCAGCCCCGCCCUGCCCCGCCACACACACAGACACGUCCUGCCGGCCAGCCUCAGUCCCCGCACACUAAAGCCAAGCUAAUAGCAAAUAGUACUAGGCUCAUCCCAACGUGGCCGGGGAGCCUGGCCCACCCCCUGGGGUGGAGCAGAACCCAACUGGAACUGGCAGCCGGUGGGCCAGGCUGAUGUUGGUUGCAUCUGGGGGCCCCACCCCUUCCCCCUCCCUGGCAAGCGCUGGGCCCCAGGUGGCCUCUUGGAGAUGACCUUGUCAUUGAGAAUGACUCAUGGAGACCGAAGCCUGGCUGGCCUGGUGGUUUGCACAUGUCAGGGGAGUUAAAGAGGCUGAGGGUUGAUUCCAAGGCGAGGCCUGAACAAAUCUUGGGAGGAGCUUUAUAGCCAAGAGUGGUGGAGGGGCCUUGGCAUGUGCCAAAGGAGAGGAGGCUCUCCAGGCCUUGAAGGAACCGCCACAUGUAGAAAGUGGUGACCGGCCACUGUUCUCCUGUGGGCCUCUUGCCCAAGAGCCAAGGCAAGGAAACAAGCCCCGCCCCCUCCCUGUAGAGCCAUAGAAAUACUCUGGCGAGGGACAGCACCCUUCCUGCCUCUGCCAUCUCUGUCUUCCUGCGCUGAUGGGUGCCCCGCCAAGUCCUUUCCCAGUUUUAUUCCAUGUUCAUUUUCAAAAGCUUCAGUGGGGCCACCAGCUUGAAGCAGGAAGCGGGUCAGAAGGCGGGCACCCCAGCAAGUUUCCCCGCCAUGAUGUCACACGCAGGGCUUCCCGGGGUGCCCGCGAGAUGGAGAGAGCUGGUCUGGCCUUGACUUCUUGGGUCUUUUCCAUGGGUUUGGAGAAGGUUCCAGGGCCGAGCGGGUUUUCCAGACAAGAGGGUCUCUUGCUGCUUCGGGAGGAUGUGGGGGACGUUCUUCUCUUGGAUUUCUGCAGGUUCCAUGAAAAUGGCUCUCUUCAAAGCCCAUUGUUUCUGUCAUGGUUUCCAUCUGUCCUGAGCAAGUCAUUCCUUUGUCAUUUGGCAUUGCGAGCAUCCCGGCCAUUAAAAGCCCCAUGUUCUCUGCACUGUUUGGCCGGCAACGGUUCAAAGCAAAGCGUUUUAACCUGACGGCGUGGAAUGUAUAAAUGAGGGCGGGCCUUCCGCAUAGACUCUAAUCACUACAUCGCUUCUUCCAUAAAACCACCCUAAGCCUUUAACCUUUUAAGAAAAACGAACAAGGUCAGUGUGGGGGGAGGGGGGACGACUCUUCAUAAGCCAGUACAUUUGAGCUACGAUUUAAUAAACCUGAUUUUUCUCAAGGCCCCAGUCUCUGCUGUGUCCCCUCCCCAUCUUCACCCCGCUGCCCCCCGUCCCUGCAGACCAUGGGGAAAUAAGGCCCAACCGGCCAUCCCUGGGGGCCUCCUGCAAGUGGUACCUGCAGCUAGUGCAUCUCCUUCUGUUAACCGUGCAUGGGGGACGAGAAAGCAUGGCAGUUGAAGGCCAGUCCUUCCCGGGCCUCUGGGAAGCACCCACCCGCCCCUGCCCAGAGCAUGUGCUUGCUUCUAGAAAAUCAGACUCCAGGCCUCUCUGCUCGAGGACCUCCGUUGGGUGGGCUGAGCCUUGGGGAGCGGAAGGAGGGAAAACAGCUAGGGUCUCGGUGGGGCUGCCGGGUGAUGCAUGCAGACCCCGCAUCCUGCAAAUGAAUCAGUCUCUGGAGGCCUCGGUCCAGUGCAGUGGAAAACGACAGCGUUCCGCAUUCUCGUGCCAGGAAAUGGUUGCUCACCCCCGCUCUCUGGAGUCCUUUGGAGCUUUCUGAUACCAUCAGUGACUCGGUCUGCAAGAGCCCCCCUUGCAAAAGGGAGGCGUUCACACCAUCUUCUUUUUCUCUCUAAGUUCUCUCUUGUCCACGCGUGUAAAGGUGAGCACAGCGGAAAUGGCUAUCCGCGGAGAGUAGUGUUUCCACACCAUAAAAACAGAACCUCACUCAAUGAGACUUUCCCCCUUUUAAAAUUCCCGAUAGGUUAUUGCGCUUUGGGUUUUGUUUUAUUUCGGCUCUAAGGUUCAAGGUGGGCUGAACGCCCGCACGAUGGGGCAGAGGUGGGAGCGGGGGCAGAGGAAAGUCUGCGAUUUUUCUCCUGAAUUCACCUGAAGAGUACCAAGAGGCGGCGUGGUUCAUCGGGGUUUAGACACAGGAUCCAGUGGCACCUCUGUUGAAGAUCUGCUCCCGGAAACAGGACUUGCUUGGGGGACAGGGCCUGGCGGCGGCGGCUAACAACAAUCCCUAAUUGUAAGCACAAGUCCCCGUGUCCAGUUAGUGACAUGGCUUUGGGACUGUAACGGCCACUCUUGUCCUCUCAUUUAAUGGAAGAUUGUCCUUCGGUCCUAGAUUUCCCUGCUAGAGAUGGAGGGUGGGUAUAUGGGAGUGAGCUUCAAGCACUUACAAACUGGGAAGUCCCCUGGGUCCCGAGUGUUUCCAGGAUUAAGAUCUGGUGUUGGAAGCUGGGUGAUCAGUGCUUGUGUGGGGCACAGGUGCCAACGAGGCACUGAGCGAGGGCACGCUGGAUGGUGUUCUGGGUUGGCCGAGGCUGGGUGGAAUGCUUUGGGCCAGAUCCCAAGCUGAAAGGGGCAUUGUGGCUUUUAUAAUCCAAGGAUGCAACGAUUAUACCAGCUUAUGGGUGUUCUCAGCAGGUGCUUUUUAUUAAUUGAUAAAGAGCUAAGGCUCGUUUUUGAUAGAUAAUAUAUAUUUAUUAAAUGUAUUAAUGUGUGUUUUAUAAUGUACCUUUAUCUUCCCCUGGCUGACUUGCUUACUUAUAAAAAAAAAUUAUUCAAGAAAUUUUAAGACAAUCAAUGUGUACCAUACAUGACUGUAUAUAAAUAUUACAAAUUUAAAAGGUUGUUAAGCAUGGGCAGAUAGGUUUUAUUUUCAAAAUGCUGUUCUUAACACAAAAAUAAAGGCUUUACUAUUUA